AUGCAUGAGCGUUAUGGUCCAAUUGUACGAAUAAAUCCCGACGAACUUCAUUGCUCAUGCCCAUACUUCACAGACGAAAUCUAUGCUGGCCCCGGCCGAAUCCGUGACAAAUGGCAGCACCAGCUGAACACAGGUGGCGCCGGUCCAGUUUCUGUCACUGGUUUCUCAACAGUCAAUCACGAGGUUCACCGCGUGAGGAAAGGAGCCUUGUCCAAGUAUUUCUCUCGUCAGCAGAUGCUCAAGCUCGUGGGCGAGGUAAAAGAAGUUACACAGAUGACUGUCGACAAGAUGCUUCGAUAUGCUGGUGGAGAGCCCUUUGCUUUGACGUGA